UGCAGUCAAAGGCUGCCUUUGGCUUUGGUACAAGAAGAAGAAGCCUCAACAAGAAAUGCCCACCAACUCUCUACAUAGUCUAAACUUUGGAGCCACCGCAAACCACCAAAACAAAACAUAAACAUAAACACUUGCUAUUUGGGAAUACUUUAAAAGAAAGAAAAUCAAAUGAUUCUCCCAGCCAACCACAAGGCACCAACAACGACAUCAAUUUCUUCUCCUUGUUCUGCUUCCCUUCUUUCCCUUCGCCAGUGAAAGACAAAGACCCUUUUUCUAUGGGAACCUCAACCAGAACCUCAAGCUCAGACGCUUUGACCACCACUCUCUCCAACUCAAUCCAAGCUCUGGGUCGUGGCUUUGAUGUCACUUCCGAUAUUAGGCUUCUCUACUGCAAAGGGACACCUGGGUCCAGGCUUGUGAUUCUUGAUGAAGAUCAGGCUAAAGAUCUUGUUUUGUCUGAUGGUGUUGUUGUGCCAAAUGUGCCUGUCGAUAUCGACUGCGUACGUGGCCAGAGGACCAUUGAGAGAAAUCCUGUCUGCAGCUUCCAUGAGAUGGCAGAAUACUUCAACAAGAAAUCAGGAAUAUCAGGACGCACUCCCCUUGGAAGCUUUAAUGCCAUGUUUAAUUUCACUGGUUCUUGGCAAGUUGAUGCAGCAGCAACCAAAUCCCUUGCUAUGGUUGGAUACUUCAUUCCACUAUACAAAGUUAAAUUAGAAAAAGUGAAUUUAGUUUUGCAUGAGGAAAUCAAGCGUGCUGUUCCUUACUCAUGGGAUCCUGCGGCCUUGGCAAGUUUUAUCGAGAGUUUUGGUACCCAUAUCGUCACAUCUGCAACUAUUGGGGGAAGAGAUGUGGUCUAUAUCAGGCAGCACCAGUCAUCUCCUUUGUCAACAUCGGACAUUGAGAAUUAUGUGAAAGACAUUGGUGAUCAUAGGUUUGUGGACUCAAAAAGCCAGUCAACUCCUGGCCCAUUAAAAUACAAGGACAAGGAUGUUACAGUCAUCUUUAGGAGAAGAGGGGGCGAUGAUCUUGAGCAGAGUCAUGUCAAGUGGGCAGAGACUGUACAACUAGCACCAGAUGUGAUUAACAUGACAUUUACACCCAUUGUUUCUUUGCUUGAAGGAGUGCCUGGAAUAAAGCAUUUGAGUCGUGCGAUUGAGUUAUAUCUAGAAUAUAAGCCACCAAUUGAAGAUCUGCAAUAUUUCUUGGAUUUUCAAAUUGCUCAAGUUUGGGCCCCGGAGCAGAAUAAUCUGCAACGAAAAGAACCUGUGUGUUCAUCCCUUCAGUUCAGUUUGAUGGGUCCCAAGCUUUAUAUCAGUCCAGAUCAGGUAACAGUAGGACGUAAGCCUGUCACUGGGCUUAGACUGAACCUAGAAGGCAGCAAACAGAACCGACUUGCCAUACAUUUGCAACAUCUAGUGUCCCUUCCAAAAAUCCUUCAACCCCAUUGGGAUGCGCACAUGGCGAUAGGUGCACCCAGGUGGCAAGGUCCUGAGGAGCAAGACAGCCGUUGGUUUGAGCCAAUCAAGUGGAAGAACUUCUCCCAUGUAAGCACUGCACCAAUAGAGCACGUGGAGACUUCUAUUGGUGACCUCUCUGGUGUUCACAUUGUCACAGGGGGUCAGCUUGGUGUUUGGGAUUUUGGUGCCAAAAAUGUAUUGCACCUCAAGCUCCUCUUCUCCAAAGUACCAGGCUGCACGAUUAGGCGGUCUGUUUGGGAUCACAGCCCCUCCGCCCCUUCUUGUGCACAGAGAUCUGAUGGUUCUUCUUCAUCACACUCAUAUUUAAACAACAGAACAUCUGAUGAUAAAAAGGAAGAUAGUUCAAGCCAUAUGGCAAAACUAGCAAAACUAGUGGACUUGACAGAAAUGUCAAAAGGGCCUCAAGAUAUUCCAGGUCAUUGGUUAGUCACAGGGGCUAAGCUUGGAGUUGACAAGGGAAAGAUUGUAUUGCGCGUAAAAUACUCCUUGCUGAACUACUGAUCAUUGCCCUUUUGUUUCGGUAAUUGUAGACUUUCCACCAAAAUUUGAGUCAGCAUUCUUUGCACAGGCAACCCCUGUUCUGUACAUUUUGUUCUUUUUGUUUCUUAGUCAUCGUCAAUUGAUAGUCACAUCAUUAUUUAUCUGAGGGGUUUUCUUCUAGAAUUGGUUGGGGAUUUUCCUUUUUUCUUUGUUCGUUUUGGAGGACAUUGUAAGUUGUUGAAUAAUUAUAUACUUGUUUACUUAAUAUAUGAAGUAAUUUAUUUUCCAGUGA